AUGGCUUCGGAACUGGAUCAGUGGAUAGAGAUUGCAAAGCAGUGCAAAUAUCUGCCGGAAAAUGAUCUCAAGAAGCUGUGCGACAUCGUCUGCGAGCUGCUGAUGGAGGAAUCGAACGUGCAGCCUGUCAGCACACCCGUCACCGUUUGCGGCGAUAUUCAUGGACAGUUUUACGAUUUGGAGGAAUUGUUCCGCACCGGUGGCCAUGUACCAGACACGAAUUACAUCUUUAUGGGAGAUUUUGUUGAUCGAGGAUAUUACAGUCUGGAAACGUUUACGCGUUUGCUUACGUUGAAGGCACGGUAUCCGAACAAAAUUACGCUGCUCCGAGGGAACCACGAAUCACGCCAAAUCACCAAAGUGUACGGGUUUUACGAUGAAUGUUACACGAAGUACGGUAACGCUAGUCCGUGGAAGUAUUGUUGUAGGGUGUUUGAUCUGCUUACGAUAGCGGCGAUAAUUGAUGAUGAGGUGCUCUGUGUUCAUGGUGGCCUUAGCCCGGAGAUCAAAACGCUUGAUCAGAUCCGUACCAUUAACCGCGAUCAGGAGAUACCGCACAAGGGCGCGUUCUGUGAUCUGGUUUGGUCCGAUCCGGACGAUAUCGAUACGUGGGCAGAAAGUCCGCGCGGCGCAGGUUGGCUUUUCGGGUCGCUCGUAACGCGAGAUUUCAUGGAGAUCAACAAACUGAUCCAAAUCUGCCGGGCACAUCAGCUAGUGCACGAGGGCAUUAACUAUCAGUUCAAUCGCACACUGGUGACGGUUUGGUCGGCACCAAACUACUGCUACCGUUGUGGUAACGUGGCAUCCAUUCUAGACUUUACAGAUAUCUACGAUCCGCAGGUGAAAAUAUUUAAAGCCGUCCCGAACGAAGAUCGCGUCAUACCAAGCCAACGCAUUACGCCUUAUUUCUUGUAA